UCCACGAAGAGGCAUAGAGCAUCCACAAGCCUUUCUGUGCAUUCCACUGUCCAAGGCACUGAAGACACAUCAAAGGUUGCCCGUCAACCUAUCGUCAGACCACCAUUUCCGGACCAAGUUCGCGAUCGCUCACCGAUCAUCGGACUCUCUGCUGAUAUGCGGCUAUGCACAUGCUUUCGUAUUGGUGAGGCAUUCAACUUGGGCUGCAACGCUGUUCGCUCUGGUAAGACGGUAAUCAUCGAGUUGUAUGCCCGAGUGUCGUCGUCCUGGCGCGAAGAUGGCAUCAAACAGCACUUUGUGUUCGCCGACCUUUUUCACACCCACCCACCCUUCCUUGAAGGCUCCUAUGAGCUCUGGAAGGACUCUGAUUUGUGGGAUUAUGACAGCGGCAGGUUCUUGCACGAUGGUGCCGCGAAAAUGUGCAGAUGCAUCGGUAAGAUGAAGAAGGACGGCAAGAAAUGGGCACUCACUAUAUUGAACAUUUGGGAGGCAACUUGGGACGAUAUUGAACAUGUUCAGGGCAUUAUCUGCGCCUGAUGAAUUGUCUUCCACAUUUCUCUCUCUGAGACCUACUCUCUCAUUUACGACCGGAUCAUCUGCAGCUCGCGAGACCAUGUGGAGGAGUAGUUUGCCUGUUCCAUUUCUUUUCACCUGCGAUCUCUGCAGCGCAUUUUGCUCUUUGUUCUAACAUUCUGUCAAGGCUCCGCCUAUGACGCAUUUUAUCAACACAUUCUAUCCAUAGUCACGUGCCAAAGGCUUAUCGAUCGUCGCUUCUCCUCAGUAUUUUAGCGGGACGUAUAUGGAGAUUCUAGAGGGUCUGAGAGACUGAUACCCAUAG